GCCAUGCCCUUCCCCAACAGCUCUGACCUCAGCCCGUCCUCCUUCAUCUUGGCCAGCAUCCCGGGGAUGGAGGCUGCCCAUUUCUGGAUGGCGAUCCUUCUCUGCUCCAUGUACCUCUUGGCGGUCGCGGGCAACUGCGUGGUGCUGUUCGUGGUGAAGACGGAGCCCAGCCUGCACGCUCCCAUGUACUUCUUUCUCUGCAUGCUGGCUGCCAUCGACCUGGCCUUGUCCACGUCCACGGUGCCACGCGCCCUCUCCCUCUACUGGUUCAACAGCACAGAGAUCAGCUUCAGUGCCUGCCUUGUCCAGAUGUUCCUCAUCCACACCCUCUCAGCCAUCGAGUCCACCGUCCUCCUGGCCAUGGCCGUGGACCGGUACGUGGCCAUCUGCCACCCACUGAGACAUGCUGCCAUCCUCACCAAUGCUGCGACAGUGAAAAUAGGGCUGGUAGCCAUGGCCCGGGGAGUUCUCUUCUUCCUGCCUUUGCCUUUGCUCCUGCUGCCCCUUCCCUUCUGCAGCUCCCGGCUGCUGUCACACUCCUUCUGCCUGCACCAGGACGUGAUGAACCUGGCCUGUGCCAACGCCACCCCCAGCGUGGUGUACGGCCUCACCGCCAUCCUGCUCGUCAUGGGGCUGGACGCCGUCCUCAUCUGCCUCUCCUACGUCCUGAUCCUCAAGGCUGUCUUGCGGCUGGCGUUGUGGAAGGAGAGGCUCAAGGUGUUCAGCACCUGCGUCGCCCACAUCUGCGUGGUCCUGGCCUUCUACGUGCCCCUGAUCGGGCUGUCUGUGGUGCACAGGUUUGGGAAGGACCUGGCUCCACUGGUCCAUAUCACCAUGGGGAACAUCUACAUCCUGGUGCCUGCUGUGGCCAACCCUAUCAUCUAUGGGGUGAGGACCAAACAGAUACAGAGGAGGAUCCUGAAUUUAAUUCAUAUAUACAAUGACAGACCCGCCCAGUGA